GCGCGGGCCGGGCCGUGAGGGCCGCUGGGGCCAUGAGGGCGGCGCGGGGCGUGGCGCUGGCGGCGGCCGCGGCGGUGGCGCUGGCGGUGUUGGCCUGGCGGCGAGCCCGGCCCGUGCGGGAGGUGCUGUUCUUCCCCUCGCGGCCCUGCUGCAUCGAGGCGCUGCUGGCCGAGGCUGCCGAGCCCGGAGCGCCCGCCCGGCCCUGCCCGUGCCCGCUGCCCAGCGGCGACACCGCCCUGAGCCGCCUGGUUCGCCGCCUGCUCUCCGCCCGCCGCUCGCUCGACCUCUGUCUGUUCUCCUUCUCCUGCCCGCAGCUCGCCCGGGCCGUGCAGCUGCUGCACCGCCGCGGGGUCCGUGUGCGCCUGGUGACGGACGCGCAGUACAUGGGGCUGCACGGCUCCCAGAUCGGCCGCCUGCGCCACGCGGGGAUCCAGGUGCGCCAUGACCAGCACAGCGGCUACAUGCACCACAAGUUCGCCAUCGUGGACCGGAGGAUGCUCAUCACGGGUUCCCUCAACUGGACCACCCAGGCCAUCCAGAGCAACCGGGAGAAUGUGCUGGUGCUGGAGGACGCCGAGUAUGUGAAGGCUUUUCAGGAUGAGUUUGACAGGAUUUGGGAAGAGUACAAUCCUGCAAAUUACAGGUUUUUUUCCGAAAGGCAGUAAAUGAUUGAGCUGCCUCACAGGGCUAGUGGAGCAUGGUAACACCCACAGACUUUAUUCUUAUGUAUAGACACCAUUGUUUUGUCCAUCUGGGUGUGACUUUGGUAAAUGUCCCCAGAGAAGUGUUCUCUGCCCUAAAAUGCCGCAGGUGCCUUGCUGUGGGUCACUCCCGUGCUAGAGGGAGUGACACAACUCUUUGGUUGUGGGGGUGACAGUGACAGAGCUGCAUUCAGAGCCAUUCAGACUUUGGCAGGCUCGUUGCUGUGACCUGGUGCCCCCCAGGUGUGUUCAUACACUGCUGAGCGUGUGUUUCACUGGGAAAGGGAACGUUUUCCAGCUCGGGAUAUGGAAUGGAAUUGUAGCCCAAGGGCUCCUCUACACCGGUAACUAAAGGAGAGAUAAGAGGGCUACAGCAGAGUUAAGAGUUUCUAUAGAUUAAGUGCCUCAGUUAAAUUUCUUGUUGGCAUUAAUUGUUGAGAGUUGGUAAAAGGAAAUUCGUGGAAAAUAACAAAAAUGUUUAAGUUUUGAUUGUGUUCAUAUUUCUUUUGGUUAAAGGUUAUCAGAGCUCUGGUGUAAAAGCAUGAGCACAGAUGGUAAUGACAGCUUCUCUUCCAGCAAGGAAGUGUAGGGAAGUCUGGAAGAAAAUGAGAGAAAUAUUUUUUUGGGAUCAUUGUUUAUCUGGAGAGCAGACAUGGCUGGAAUUGGGUCACCCACUUCAGGUGAGGUCUGGAAACCCUGGUUCAGGUGUUGGGACACCGUGUCAUGGUCUGUGCCCUCGCCUGGCAGCACCAGCCUGGGGGCAGCCCAGGGAGGGAGGUGACACCUCUGUCCCCAAAGCUCAGUGUGGAACAAAGAUGAUGUAAACCUAAGAAUUACAACCUCUAAAUAGUGUCUAUGUAAGAAUUGUUUUAUACUGAAUAGAAAGUGCCUUAAUAUCUCUGAAAAUGAAAAGGUUUUGAUACUCUCUUAUCAGUUUUGUUACCAUUACUGCUGUGAUUGGCACUGUUAAAUAAACCAUUUUCACAGAAAGUA